AUAAAUAACACCAAACUCAGUCUCAUGCUUCUUGGAAGAGAACAAAAUAAUAAAAUUCAAUAAAAAAAAAAAGAAAUCAUGCAGAAAGAAGAACAUGAGAGUGUGGAGGAGUGGUUGGUGUGUCCAAGCUUCAGCGCGUAUUCCUCCAACACGCUCGACGAUAUCGCGGAUCAGGUCACGCGAAAUGACGAUCGCUUCGACCAAAACGACACCGACUUCGAGUUCGUCGCGUUUCGUAAGGUCGCCGACGGUGUGUUCCUGGAAGCGGUGGCGGAGGCCGAAAUUCCGACGUUUCCGAUCUUCGACCGUGAUCUCGCUGCAGAGGCGGAGAACGGCGGCAGAGGUCGAGAUUCCGGUGAGGAGGCCAUUCAGAGUACGCUAGGGAAGCUUCUGCUGGAAGAUUCGACGUCCUGCUCGUCUUCGGAGGUGGACGACGAACUGGAGAAUGUUCCGCCGGGGACGUACUGCGUGUGGACGCCGAAACCUUCUCCAGCGUCGACGCCGUGUCGGAAGAGCAAAUCGACGGGAUCGUCGUCGUCGAAGCGGUGGAAACUUCUGGAUUUACUGCGGCGGAGCAACAGCGAGGGGAAGGAGUCGGCGGUGUUCCUGACGCCGUCGGUGAAUUCGUUGAAGAAGGGAGUGAAAUCGGAGAACGGAAAGAAAAUUGUUGCGAGUGGCAGAGACAGUAAGAUGUUUCCAGCGAUUGCGGCUAUUGGCGGCGGUGGUAAGAGGUUUCCGGCAAUUGCAGCGGUGUCGGCGCACGAAGCGCUUUAUGUAAGGAACAGAGAGAUGCGGAGAGAGGAUAAGAGAAAGUCGUAUUUGCCCUAUCGACAGGAUUUGGUUGGGUUCUGUGUCAAUCUCAACGCCAUGGGCAAGGCCUUCCCUCUUCUUUCUUGAAUUUUUAUUUUUAUUUUUUCCAAUUCUAUAAGAAAAAGUUAAGCUAAAUUAAAUGGAUUGAAAUAUCCUAGGCGAAAUUAUGAUAGUAAAAAUAUAGUAUAAUAGUGUAAUGCAAAAGUUGCUAAGACGAAAAUUGAGGUAUCAGA